GUCGGGGGCGGGGCCUCGGGCGGCGCGGGUGCAUCGCCGCCGCCGCGGGCGUGCUGGCUGGCGGGCGGCAGGCCCGCAGUGGCGCGGCGUCCCGGUUGCGCGACGGGCCGAGGGCCAUGGCCGCCUCUUCGGGCCCGGCCGGCGUCAGCGGCGCCGGCCCGUCCGGCUUCGCCUUCGACUCGGGACUGGAGAUCAAAACUCGUUCUGUGGAGCAGACGCUGCUCCCGCUGGUCUCUCAGAUUACCACCCUUAUUAAUCAUAAAGAUAAUACCAAAAAGUCUGAUAAAACUUUGCAAGCAAUUCAGCGUGUAGGACAAGCGGUCAACUUGGCAGUCGGAAGAUUUGUGAAAGUCGGGGAAGCUAUAGCCAAUGAAAACUGGGAUUUGAAAGAAGAAAUAAAUAUUGCCUGCAUUGAAGCUAAACAAGCAGGAGAAACAAUUGCCGCGCUUACAGAUAUAAGCAGCUUGAAUCAUCCAGAAUCUGACGGCCAGAUCAUGAUUUUUACAGAUAAGACAGGAGUUAUAAAGGCUGCAAGAUUACUUCUUUCUUCAGUGACAAAAGUGUUGUUGCUGGCAGACCGAGUAGUCAUUAAGCAGAUAAUAACGUCACGAAAUAAGGUUCUUGCAACUAUGGAAAGACUAGAGAAAGUGAAUAGCUUUCAAGAGUUUGUCCAAAUAUUCAGUCAAUUUGGAAAUGAAAUGGUGGAGUUUGCACAUCUAACUGGAGAUAGACAAAACGAUCUGAAAGACGAGAAGAAAAAGGCAAAAAUGGCAGCAGCCAGGGCAGUUCUUGAAAAGUGUACAAUGAUGCUUCUCACAGCCUCAAAGACAUGUCUCAGGCAUCCCAACUGCGAAUCAGCCCAUAAAAACAAAGAAGGAGUAUUUAACCGAAUGAAAGUGGCGUUAGAUAAGGUGAUAGAAAUCGUGACUGACUGCAAACCAGGUGGAGAGACUGACAUUUCAUCUGUCAGUAUUUUUACUGGAAUUAAAGAAUUCAAGAUGAAUAUUGAAGCUCUUCGGGAGAAUCUUUAUUUUCAGUCGAAAGAGAGUCUUUUUGCGACUCUGGAAGUCAUCUUGGAGCGCACUGAGGACUUCACUGAUUCUGCCUACACCAGCCACGAGCGCAGGGAACGCAUCUUGGAACUGUCAACUCAGGCGAGACUGGACCUGCAGCAGUUACUGUCCGUGUGGAUUCAGAGUCAAAACGAGAAAACAAAAAGUAUUGCUGAAGAACUAGAACUUGCUGUAUUGAAAAUCAGUCACAGUCUCAAUGAACUCAAGAAAGAACUCCAUAGGACAGCAACCCAGCUGGCAGCAGAUCUGUUAAAAUACCAUGCCGAUCAUGUGGUACUAAAAGCAUUAAAACUUACUGGAGUAGAAGGAAAUUUAGAAGGCUUGGCUGAAUAUGCGUGUAAACUCUCUGAACAGAAAGAGCAGCUUGUCGAGGUCUGUCGAUUGUUACGGCAUAUAUCUGGGACAGAACCUCUUGAAAUAACCUGUAUACAUGCAGAGGAAACAUUUCAGGUGACUGGCCAACAGAUAAUUUCUGCUGCUGAAACAUUGACAUUGCAUCCAUCUAGUAAAAUUGCUAAAGAAAAUCUAGAUGUAUUUUGUGAAGCUUGGGAAUCCCAAAUUGGUGACAUGUCAACACUGCUAAGAGAAAUCAAUGACGUGUUUGAAGGAAGACGAGGAGAGAAGUAUGGCUACCUGUCACUUCCAAAGCCAAUGAAUAACGCAAACCUGAAAUCAUUAAAACCAGACAAGCCUGACUCAGAGGAGCAAGCCAAGAUAGCAAAGCUUGGACUUAAGCUGGGUUUGCUUACCUCUGAUGCCAACUGUGAGAUCAAGAAAUGGGGGGAUCAGGAAAAUGAGAUUGUUCGAAAUGGGCGAACCAUGUCCAGUAUGGCCUAUUCUGUGUAUUUAUUUACCAGAGGAGAAGGGCCACUGAAAACUUCCCAGGAUUUAAUUCAUCAACUAGAGGUUUUUGCUGAAGAGGGCUUAAAGCUUGCUUCAAGUGUACAAGUUUUCUCAAAACAGCUGAAAGACGAUGACAAGCUUAUGCUUCUCCUGGAAAUAAACAAGCUAAUUCCUUUAUGCCACCAGCUCCAGACAGUAACUAAGACACCCUUGCAAAAUCAAGUGUUUCUAAAGGUUGAUAAGUGUAUUACAAAGACAAGAUCCAUGAUGGCUAUUUUGGUCCAACUUCUCUCACUCUGCUAUAAACUGCUAAAGAAGCUUCAGAUGGAAAAUAACAGCUGGGUCUCAGUUACAAAUAAGGACUCCAUGGAUGGUAAAACUUGAGAAGCUUCUGGGGUCAGAUCUCUUGAACAGCAUGCGGCAAAGAUGGAAUUUUUAGAAAGCAAAUGAUCCUUUAUAUUUUAAAAAAUUCAACAGUUUUAUAAGGAAAACAAUUAUGAAAUAUCUUGCUUUAUUUUCUGAUCAUGAAACUGAUUGUGAUGCUUUUUGACAACUAAUAAAUGCCUUGAUAGAUGCUAUAUUCCUAA